GGCAGAUCGUGAUUGAUCGUACAUUCCAGAGCAGUAGGUGGCGGCAUGCACUUAAACCAUUGUUUGCGGACCACCAUGAUAUCAUAGAAGAAGAAGAAGUUGUUAGAUAUUCAGGUCCCGCUGGGCCGCAGGGAAGUGAAGUCCUUGAUCAGGGCAAAAGGGCUUAAUCUUUGGCAAAUGGAGUGGGAUAUUAGUAGUAAGGGGAGGCAAUUUUAUUGUGUGCUCUGGUCAUUAAAGGAAGAGGUUGGGUGUAUGGGAUGUAGAAGAGGAAGUUGGGUGGAGUAGACUACGGGCUGAGAACACAGGUUUGAAUGCCAUGUUGUGGAUGGUAGGGAGACAUGAAACAGGUCUGUGGAGUGUUUAGAGGAGGAAAUGGUGGAGCAUGUGCUGAUAUUUUGUGAACUGUAUGAUGUAGAUCGGGAGAUAUUGUGUGAAAGGGUUGGAGAGGCUGGAUGGGGUUUGGGUGGUGUAUUGGGGGGAGGGAAGUGGUGUCAAGUCUCUUUCACCUUCGAGGAACGGGAAAAAUUAAGAGAAUGUAAUGUAUGUAGGCUGUGUCUGGCUUCGCAAUCCAGUACAGUAGGUGGCAGUGUAUGCACCUUAAAUUGUAUGCGAUCCGCCAACCCAAUCCCAAAGAAGAAGAAAUCGCCAAUGAAGCCAUUUCUGUGCGUCGUGAUCUGAGAAUGCUUGUAUUCCAGGAUGUCUGCUGAAAGCCAAGAGAACCGGACAGUGGAGGUGCUGGGAGUACCAGAGGAGGUGGAGGAUGAGCUGUUGUAUUUGUACUUUGAGAACAAGCGUCGUUCUGGGGGAGGUAAUCUGGUGUCUGUGAAGCUGGAAGGGAGCCGCGCCUUACUGCUGUUUGAAGAGGCGGAGGUUGCAUCAAGGGUCCUGUCUAAAAGAGCACAUGUCCUGAGCAAUGCUGAGAUGACCGUGAGGAAGCCUGCGUGUAAGGAUCCACGGAGGCUGCUGCUGCGGGGGGUUAACCCAUCCAGCUGUCAGGAGCUGGUGGAGCUGUAUGUAGAGAACAUGAUGGGGAUGGACAUGCACGACUACACUCUAUACCCCUCUCCUGGCAGGGACCUGGUCCUAGUACACUUCCAUCAGGCCUUCAAUAAAGACUUCCAGAAGCUUUGCUCAAAGAUCUCUAAGAAGCCUCUGGAUGGAGCGCAGAUCACUCUGGAACAGAUCGAUCAAACUGACUCCAUCCUAAUGGAGAACGUGCACCCCAGCAUCACAGCAGACAUGCUUACUCUGUACCUGGAGAGCCAACGGGGCGGGCGCCUUGAAGUUAAGGAGGUCACCAUGAUGUCAGAGGGGGUUGCCAGGGUCUCCUUCCUGGACUUUGACUCAGUGGAACGUGUCCUUAAACAAUCACAUAAACUGGAGGAGACAGAUCUGAUGGUCAGGCCUUACUUCUCCUUCCUCCAAUCAGAGGACAGCUCCUCCUCACCCCUGACCUCUCCCCUGACCUCUGUGAAUGGAACAUCAGAUGGUAGCACAACGAACACACAGCAGACAGACAGUGGUGGUCAAUCACAGACUGAUUCUCUCCCUGCAGACAGUACCAGUGACCGUUCUCAGUCCUCUCACAAGGCUACCUCUGAGCCUCUGGUCCCCCCUCUGUCCCCCCCAGUGUCCCAGGCAGCAGCAGCCCAGGGAGGCAUGGGUGACCUAAUUUCGACCCCAGAGCCCAUGUCUAGCCACAUUUCCGUCCCAGACCCGGUGAAACUCACCCUGCUCCAGGCCAGUCCCCUGCCCCAGAGCCUCCAGCUGGCCCACCAAGGCUGUAGCGUCCAGAUCAGGGAGGACGGGGUCCACAUGGCCGGGCCUGACCGGCCAACGCUGGAGCAGUUGAAGAACGCUGUGUUGGAGUUCCUUGGGGGCGUGGCCCAGGCUCAUUUCACCUUUGACCCAGAAAAGGCCCACUUCCUGGCCAAACAGGAAGUAAAGGACAGGCUGCUACAGACAUUGAAAGAAAACGGGCUGCCGUCCAUGUACACCGUGUCGGACUGUGUCGUCAUGGUAACGUCUCUGUCUCCCAGCUUGGUGAGCCAGGCAUGUAGCAUGUUGAAGACUCUGCUGUCUGACUUCAGUAUCCCUGUGGACAGAGCGUACGAGUGUAUGCUGUAUGCCCAGGAGUGGACUGGCUUCCUCCAGUCUCUGACUCUUUGCUCAGCUAAGGUGUCCGAAAGAGGACAGAUAGAUGUCCUGACUCUGAGAGGGUUGGAGGAGGACAAGCAGGCUAAGAUAGUGGAGUUCCUCAGUACACCCAUUGAAAUGGAGGCUAUCAUCUCUAUGGAGCCAGGCAUGUUGAAGUACAUCCAGACCCACCAUCAUCAGCUACUGGCUGAUAUGAACCAGGUGUCUAUCUUCCCUCUAGACGCACAUGGCGUCUGUGGACUCAGAAUCCAAGGCAAUGCUGCGGCAUGUCAAAUGGCCGAUGAGGUUCUGAGGGGCGUGGUGUUGUCCACCGAGACCAGAACCAUCACGGUGAAACAGACGGGCGUGGCGCGGUUCCUCAUCCAGGAGGGGGAGGGGACCAGCAUCCUCAGGGAGAUGCAGACUAAGUUCCAGGUCUACAUAAACAUGGAGAAGGUGCACUGGGAACCCCUGGACAACGAGGACAUCUUUGAGGCUGCGUGGAAUAUGACGUCCCAUCAGAGCUUCCAGAGAAGUUCCUUACAGGCCUCAACAUCAGUUCUGACUCGCACUAUCCAGACUUCCAACAGCCUCUCAGCUUUAGACAGAGGUCAUAUAGAGGAGGCAAAGAGGCUGUUCUCAGCCAUAGAUGAGACGGUGGACUCUGGCCUCUCCGGUUUGACCGGAACCACUGACAUGGAGGAGGAUCUGUUUCCGGCCGAGAAACCCAUGGCCCCGAGCUCUGACCAGGGCCCAGACAGGGACAGCGCUAACGUUGAGGUGGAGGAAGAGGCUCCACUGCCCCUGGUGGAGGGAGGGGAUAGUGACGAUGUGGGUGCUACUGCUCCUGUGGUGACUCAGGAUGGAGAGAUGUCCCGGGCCAUGCAACUCUCCACUACCCUGGAGGAGGAGGCGCAGAUGUCCCUGGCCAUCCAGUACUCUAUGGAGACCACCAAGAGGUCCCUGGCUGACGAGGAGGAGGAGCUGCAGAAGGUUCUAGAGCUGUCCAGGAAGAUGACGAAGAUGACUCGGGAUGAUGGCGGUGCCAUGCCUACCGGUUCCCUCUCUACUGCUCGCUCCCACCUCGAUCAGGCUGUCCAGGUAUCUCUGCAGGAGGCCAUUCAGUCAGCCAACUCGGCAACAAUCUUUGUGUACGCAGGCUACAGUUGUGACCUGGUCAGAGUGGACAUUGCCCUGAACAAGAGGGUCAGUAAUAAACAGCAUAAGGAGAAGCUAGUGCACCGCAGCCUGAGGAGCCUGUCUCCGUUUCACAGGUGGUGUCUGGACCUCAUCAAGAGGAAACACGCCGUGGAGGUCACCAUCCAGGGAACUACGGCAAUCAUCUCCGGGUUCAAGGACUUUGUUACCGGUGCGAUGCCGGACAUGAAGCUGCUGCUAAGGAGGAUCUCCACAACGACGUCAGACGCUGACAUCCUGCGGACAGUGCAAUGGGUGUGGCACGACCCGGCGUCGUCAGGGACGGAGACGCCGUACGCUCCGGAGGCGACAGUGUUCAUGGAGAACGCCUGGAAGAUGAGGCAGGAAAAGAUCGACAUCCUGCUCAACAACCUGCCGCACAUCAUCGACUUUGAGAAGAUGCAGGAGUACAACGUGGCCUCUGGGAAGUCCGUCACCAUCUCCAGGAAGAUGCUGAGCUCCGAUGACGUGUACUCGGAGAUGCGAGAUGAGGACUACAGUCUACUGUCCAACCUGCCUGAAGCGUCCAGAAUGAACAAGGAUUCUGAUGAGUUCCGGGAUGUUGUAAAAGACUUCUACGACUCCAUACAGGAGUUCCACAACGAAAUCCGAAUCAUUAAGGUUGAGAAGCUGAUGAAUAGGCUCCUGUACAACCAGUACAGACUGAAGAAGGCUAGUAUAAAUCAGAGUACCACUGACCCAGAAGUGGAGCGGACUCUGUACCACGGCACAAGCGAGACCAGCGUGAAAGAGAUCUGUGUUCAUGGCUUCAAUAGAAGCUUCUGUGGAAAGAAUGCCACUGUGUACGGUCAGGGGGUCUACUUUGCUGUGAACUCGGCCCUGUCCAUCCAGGAUCAAUAUUCUCCCCCCAACGCAGACGGACACAAGUUUGUGUUUGUGACCAAGGUGCUGACUGGGGACUUCACUCAAGGCAGUCACUCCAUGAAGACGGCUCCUCUGAAGGAGAGCUCUGACAUACCCCUCCGAUACGACAGCGUGGCAGAUAAGACGGACAACCCCUCUCUGUUUGUGAUCUUCAACGACACACAGGCUUACCCUGAGUAUCUCAUCACAUGUCAGAAGAUUCACCGCUGAGGGAGUGGGAGUUGAUUGAUAUCCAAAAAACUGUUUGGUCAGUGUUUUAUUUGUUGGUUUUCUCCGUAUUGAGAAAAGAGGAUUCAAAUAAAAAAAUUAUUUGUCACGUGCGUCGAAUACAACAGUGAAAUGCUUACAAGCACUUAACCAACAAUGCAGUCUUAAAAAAACAAACACACAAAAAGAAUAAGAAAUAAAAGUAGUCAAAGAGCAGCAUUAAAAUAACAAUAGCGAGGCUAUAUACAGGGGGUACCGGUACAGAGUCAAUGUGCGGGGGCACCGGUUAGUCAGGGUAAUGGAGGUAAUAUGUCCAUGUAGGUAGAGCUAUUCAAGUGACUAUGCAUAGAUAAUAAAAAGAGAGUAGCAGCAGCGUAAAAGGGGGGGGGGGGGCAAUGCAAAUAGUCUGGAUAGCCAAUUGAUUAGAUGUUCAAGAGUGUUAUGGCUUGGGGGUAGAAGCUGUUUAGAAGCCUCUUGGACCUAGAUUGGCGCUCCGGUACCGCUUGCUCUGCGGUAGCAGAGAACAGUCUAUGACUAGGGUGACUGGAGUCUUUGACAAUUUUUAGGGCCUUCCUCUGACACUGCCUGGUAUAGAGGUCCUGGAUGGCAGGAAGCUUGGCUCCAGUGAUGUACUGGGCCGUAUGCACUACCCUAUGUACUGCCUUGCGUUUUUAUUUGAUUUAUUUAACCAGGCAAGUCAGUUAAGAACAAAUUCUUAUUUUCAAUGACGGCCUAGGAACAGUGGGUUAACUGCCUGUUCAGGGGCAGAACGACAGAUUUGUACCUUGUCACCUCUGGGGUUUGAACUCGCAACCUUCCGGUAACUAGUCCAACACCCGCCCAGUUGCGGUCUGGUCUGCCUUGCGGUCCAACAGCCGAGCUGUUGCCAUACCAGGCAGUGAUGCAACCAGUCCGGAUGCUCUUGACUGAUUAAUGGGAAUUCAAUUUGAAAAAGCUUUCUGAGAAUAUACUGUGUAUUGUGUUUGUGAUAAUGCCCAAGAAGCAGGUAUUUGGCGGAUAUAUUGACACGGAUGUUGUUAGGCCAGAGACUUAAGUCGAGCCAAUAUCCAGUGCAUUCGGAAAGUAUUCAGACCCUUUUUCCACAUUUUGUUAAGUUACAGUCUUAUUCUAAAAUGGAUAAAAUAAAAACAAUCCCACUCAGUCUACACACAAUACCCCUUUAUUGACAAAGCAAAACAGGUUUAGACUUUUUUUUUUAUACAAAUGUAUUUAAAAAUAUGUGAAUGUGAUUUACAUUUUUUUUUUUAAGUAUUCAGACACUUUACUCAGUACUUUGUUGAAGCUCCUUUGGCAGCGAUUACAGCCUUGAGUCUUCUUGGGUAUGAUGGUACAAGCUUGGCACCCCUGUAUUUGGGAGGUUUCUCCCAUUCUUCUCUGCAGAUCUUCUCAAGCUCUGUCGGGUUGGAUGGGGAGUGUCACUGCACAGCUGUUUUCAGGUCUCUCGAUUGGGCUCUGGCUGGGCCACUCAAGGACAUUGAGACUUGUCCUGAAGCCGCUCCUGCGUUGUCUUGGCUGUGUGCUUAGGGUCGUUGUCCUGUUGGAAGAUGAACCUUCGCCCCAGUCUGAGGUCCUGAGUGCUCUGGAGCAGGUUUUUGUCAAGAAUCUCUCUCUACUUUGCUAUGUUCAUCUUUCCCUCGAUCCUGACUAGUCUACCAGUCCGUUCCACUGAGAAACAUCCCCACAGCAUGAUGCUGCCACGACCAUGCUUCACCAUAGAGAUGGUGCCAGAUUUCCUCCAGAAGUGAUGCUUGGCAUUCAGGCCAAAGAAUUCAAUCUUGGUUUCAUCAGACCAGAGAAUCUUCUUUCUCAUGGUAUGAGUGUCUUUUAUCUGCCUUUUGGCAAACUACAAGCGGGCUGUCGUGCUUUUUACUGAGGAGUGGCUUCCGUCUGGCCACUUUACCAUAAAAGCCUGAUUGGUUGAGUGCUGCAGAAAUGGUUGUCCUUCUGGAAGGUUCUCCCAUCACCAUGGAGGAACUCUGGAGCUCUGUCCGUGACCAUUGGGGUCUCGGGUACCUCCCUGACCAAGGCCUUGUCCCCCGAUUGCUCAGUUUGGCUGGACGGCCAGCUCUAGGAAGAGUCUUGGUGCUUCCAAAUUUCUUGGGGACCUUAAAUGCUGUAGAAAUGUUUUGGUACACUUCCCCAGAUCUGUGCCUCAACACUAUCCAGUCUCAGAGCUCUACGGACAAUUCCUUCAACCUCAUGGCUUGGUUUUUGCUCUGACAUACACUACCAUUCAAAAGUUUGGGGUCACUUAGAAAUGUCCUUGUUUUUAAAGAAAAGCAACAAAAGUGCAUUAAAAUAACAUCAAAUUGAUUAGAAAUACAGUGUAGACAUUGUUCAUGUUGUAAAUGACUAUUGUAGAUGGAAACUACUGAUUUUUAAUGGAAUAUCUACGUAGGCGUAUAGAGGCCCAUUAUCAGCAACCAUCACUCCUGUGUUCCAAUGCCACGUUGUAUUAGCUAAUACAGGUUCAGGCUAAUUGAUCAUUAGAAAACCCUUUUGCAAUUAUGUUAGCACAGCUGAAAACUGUCCUCAUUAAAGAAGCAAAAAACUGUCUGCCUUUA